AUGGAAAACACAUCAAGAGCAUUAGUCGUAGUUGUAGCCUUAUGUGUUGCCGUUCUAAUCACUCCAGGAGCAGCUAAUGAUAAACCACCAAGUUUUCCUGUUGACAUAGAGAAAUGUUGGUCAUCUCUCUUCAACGUCGAAGGAUGUGUACUCGAACUCUUCAAAUCAGUUUUCUCAGGCAAGUUUGGAAAUGUUGGAGUCUCGUGUUGCAAGGCGUAUUCGACCAUUGAUGCUAACUGUUGGCCUCAUAUGUUCCCUUUAAACCCUUUCUUCCCUCCUCUUCUUAAGGACAAUUGUGCCCACAUCGUUCCAAACUCACCCGCACACUAA